UCUCGUAACCGGAUUGUGGUAAGAUGACAGUUUCUUACACCGGUCAAGUUGCGACAUCAAAAGGAUUCGGAUGCUUCUGGAGGUUACUUCUCAGGUGGCGUGGGAGUAUAUACAAGUUGGUGUGGCCUGAUCUUGCUGUGUACCUGGUAGCCUACUACGGCCUCAGCAUCAUCUACAGAUUCGUCCUAGACAACGAAAAGAAACUGUUCUUCGAACAUAUAUGCGUCUACUGCGGCAAUUUUGCCGACCUGAUCCCUGUGUCAUUUGUGCUGGGCUUCUACGUAUCUGUGGUGGUGAAGCGCUGGUGGGACUCCUUCUCCUCUAUCCCAUGGCCGGACUCCUUGGCGUUUUUCGUCAGUGCCUUUCUGCACGGUCAGGAUGAACGUGGCCGUUUGAUGCGACGUACGAUCAUGCGCUACGCCAACCUGUCCUUCACCAUCACCUUGCGGUGCAUCAGUCCUCCGGUGAAAAAGCGUUUCCCUACACUUGACCAUAUUGUAGACGCAGGUUUGUUACUAGGGAAUGAACGUGACAUCUUCGACAAUCUGAAGAGUAACCAUGCGCCGUACUGGAUGCCUCUGGUAUGGGCGUCCAGCAUCGCAAGCCGAGCACGCAAAGAAGGGCGUAUUAGGGACGACUUCUCACUGAAGACCAUUGUCGAUGAACUGGCCAGGUACCGGAGCAACUGUGGUGGCCUGUUUAACUACGACUGGAUCAGCAUUCCUCUGGUGUACACGCAGGUCACUACGUUGGCCGUGUACAUGUUCUUUCUGGCCACGUUGUUCGGAAGUCAGGGGCUGGACCCUAACGCCGGCUACAAGGGCCAUGAGAUCGAUCUCUACUUUCCCAUCUUCAAUUUUCUACAGUUUUUCUUCUACAUGGGGUGGCUCAAGGUUGCAGAGACAUUGGUGAACCCGUUUGGAGAAGACGAUGACGACUUCGAGAUGAACUGGGUCAUUGACAGGAACAUACAGGUUUCGUACCUCAUCGUAGACGAGAUGCACCAGACCCAUCCAGAACUGCUCAAGGACCAGUACUGGGACCAAGUGAUGCCUCCAGAACUGCCAUACACUAUCGCUUCCCGACAGUUUUACUGUUUUCCUCACGAGGGUUCAACUGCCUGCAUGAUUGUCCCUCCGGGCAAAGCCAGCGUCGUUUCACGUGAUAAGCUGCUGUCACGGAGUCACAUAUCUGAAGAGAAUGACGAUGUGAAGAAUUCAUCCAGGGGUUCUGGUGGUGGAAGCACUCUGCUAUUAAGUCGAUCCCUGCAACAGAAGCCAUAUUGGCCGCUGCGUCUCUUCAGAAGGGAAUCUACAAAGAAUGUCGGUUCUGCACAGUCACUGGCGAAGCCGAACAGCAACGGUUGGACGCCCACAAGCCCUCGCUGCCCAACGGAAGAUAUCUUCCAUUUGUCGGAUAUUGAUGAUUCCAAGUCGCCGGAGGUGAAGAUAAGACGGAAACGUCGGCGUAAACACACAGCUAAGAAUGCAAUCAAAGGUGGUACUACAAUACUAGACAUGGAUCAAGAUGGCCCAUGCAGCGAACUGGACUCUUCUUCGGAAGAGCUCAGGAAGCUGGGCAUGGAGACGUCAGCAUCAGAUGACGCAAGUAUUCAAAGAGAAGGCAAUACGGACACCAAUCAGCCAUCCAUCAUCACGCAGGUCACCAGGGUAUAAUUUACUGGGGCAUUUCAGUGAUCCUGUUCCGCUGGAACGCUAAACCGCAAUGCAGCGGAUGGGAUGCACGGAAGAGCCAAUUCAAAGGACCCGAAAAUGGGUAAUCGCAAUAAACUGUGUGAUAUUUUUGCCCAAUACAUUCUGAAUAGACGUGUUUCUUUCG